GACAGCCUGCUGGAUGACAUGUUGCUCUGCAGCUGGACGGCUGUAUGAUAACAAAACCGUUAGUGUGGUCAUUCUGUUAUUCUUAAACGCCAUAUCUGUUAUUUUUAUACGAAAAAACUAAUCUGUCGAAUGAAGUAUGGCAACAGUCAAAAAGGAUGCCCGACUGACGAGUUCGCAAAGUUUGAUGUGCGUCGGUUUUGCUGGGAUUUUUAGCAAAACUGUAACGUCGCCUCUGGAAGUCGUCAAGAUUUUGAGCCAAAUAGGAACAUUUCACUGUAAACGCGGCUUCCUGCACAGCUUUGUUUUAAUUUGUCAGAAUGAGGGACUUCGAGCAUUUUGGAAGGGUAACAUGGUUUCCUGUCUGAGGUUGUUUCCCUACAGUGCCAUACAUUUAGCAACGUACAAAAAUAUUGUGAACCUGCACAUAGAUGAACUGGGCGAUAUCUCACAAUGGAGAGCCAUAGUGGCCGGUGGACUGGCAGGCAUAUCUGCAGCUCUAGCAACAUAUCCACUGGAGGUGGUUGAAACCAGACUUAUUGCUCAGAAUUGCCAAGAACCAACGUACAGAGGCUUGCUGCAUUCUCUCUCCGUCAUAUACAGAAAUGAAGGACUUCAGGCUCUCUACAGGGGCUUUUCUCUCACAGUUUUGGGUGCUGUUCCCUUCUCGGUUGGCUGCUAUGCAGUUUAUAUCAACUUGGAUAAAUUGUGGCAGGAGCGUCAUGUUCGCUUCACAUCUUUGCAAAACUUCAUCAAUGGCUGUCUUGCGGCAGGAGUUGCUCAAACUCUCUCCUUCCCUUUUGAAACUGUGAAAAAGAAAAUGCAGGCUCAGAGUCUUAUUUUGCCCCACUGUGGAGGAGUUGAUGUGCAUUUUAACGGCAUGGUAGACUGCUUCAGACAGGUCAUCAAGAACAAGGGUGUCAUGGCUCUGUGGAGUGGCCUUACAGCCAACAUGGUGAAGAUUGUCCCAUAUUUUGGCCUGCUCUUCAGUUGCUUUGAGAUGUGUAAGCAGGUCUGCCUUUACCGGAACGGCUAUAUCAUUUCUCCACUGAGCUACAAGCUUAAACCUGGUGUGGACCAAAGCCUAGGCCCAUAUGAACUGCAGGAAUUUAAGCGCUACCUAAGAAACAGAAAAUCACACAAAGCACAGACUUCAUCAAUAGGAAAUCGUUGGUAAAAAAUCCAAGAGGAGUUAUCAGGAACAAACAGACCUCCAAUAAUGUCUACUGCUGCAGUGCACAAUGUAUUAUUAUUCAAAGUUGUAUUUGUGUCGUAUAUUUGAUUAUCAUGAAGAACAUGUAUUGUAUUUAACAUCCGACAGGCUAUUUUUGGAAUUAUGCAUUUAUUUACUUGAAGCACAUCCAUUAUGAACAUUUUAGGAAACAAUGAGACAGGCCCUUAAAGGAAAGGGGUGCACCUGUGAGGCAGUAUUAAAGGUGCUCAUUCAUUACUAUGUUGAUAUUUAUUGCUUUUACAGUAUGUGCUUCUGAAAUGGCGUUUUAAGAAGUGUGGAAAAGUUUUUAGCACUUCUCAGGAAAAAUGUUGAACAUCAUUUCAACAGUGUAGAGCAAUGCCUUUGUCUAACAAAGCUUUCGUAUAUUUAGUAUAUACAAAGUUUUUACUGUAUUUUACCUCACAUGCCUUUUAAAGGUCUUUAAUUUAUAAACCACAAACUUUUAACGUCAUAUUGUGGUGGACUUUUAGUAUUGGUUUAUUUGAUAAUGGUUGAGAGUAUAUUGAAUCUGCAUUGUAAAAAAUUGUGUAUGUACUCUGCUGAUCUGGACUAGGCAUGGGACGAUAACUGUUUUCAAGGUAUUCCACGGUUUGGAAAAGUCAAGGUUUUAAAACUGUCAAAACUCUCUGCAAUACCGUUUCUAAGGUAUGUGUACGAGUUUUAUUAUUGUUUUUUUUUUUACUUUUAGGACAACAGUAUCUCCAGCAGAAAAAAUGUCCAAAGAUGCCAUUUUAAAUUGUAAAAAUAAAUCUGUUUUUGAAACAAAUGAAGACAGCAGAAGUCAAUAGUUAAUUUAGUCUGACAUGUUUACUGUUGCAAAAUGUUUUAAAUGUUUCUCAAAAUAAAAUAUAUUAUGUGCAAAAGGGAAAAAAGUUAGUUUUUUACCCAGACAUUUAAAAAGAAUAUAUUUUAGAGCAGUAAUCAACACUGUGAAACCGUGAUAUUUUUAUCCAAGGUUAUCAUAACGUCAGAAUCUUAUACCGGCCCAUGCCUAAUCUGGACACACGGUAACCCAGGAACCACUGACUCUGAAUCAGAUGUAUGCAUAUGAUUUGAUUAUUAAAAGUGUAUAUCAUAAAGGCCUAUUAUGUUUAACUAUACAAGUAGCCUACAUUGUAAAAAAUAUAAAUAGCAAUAAACAUAACUUUGUGUUAUACUUGU